GGUGGGAGUAUAUACCUUAAACUCCCCAAUAUGAAGGGUGCGUGGUGUUUGGCGGCGGUGCUGAUGGUGGCAGCAGCGGCAACCACCGCGUGCGCAUCAGUGGUCACGCCCGACAUGUUGAACUUCAUCCAACAAGAAGAGUGGGCCACCCAAAAAAAGGCCGUAUUCGACAUCAGCCAUAAGUAUGUGGAGGGAAUGCCCACGUUCUACGGUGGCCCCCAUGGUCUUCAACCAUUCUUUAAAUCUGUGUCAAGCAUAAAAAAGGGGGCUUUCGCUAACCUCAAUGCCUUUACCCUUACCACCCACUCUGGCACACACGUUGACGCCCCUGGCCACUUUAAAUCUGUUAGACGUCAACUCUCUCGAUCUCCGCACCCUAAACGGUCCUUGUUUGGUUGUUGACACUCCCCGAGACAAAAAUAUUACUGCCGAGGUGAUGAAAGAAUUGGAUAUACCCAGAGGAGUGAAACGGGUUCUCUUCAAGACGCUUAACACAGAUAGAAAGUUAAUGUACCAAUCAUCGUUUGCAAGUAAUUACACUGGUUUCACCACGGACGGUGCUCAAUAUUUGGUCAACAACACCGACAUCAAACUCGUUGGCAUUGAUUACUUGUCUAUUGCCGUUGGAAUACAGACGGAGCUAACUGGGGUUCACCAGACUUUCUUGAACACUAAGGAUAUAAUACCAUUGGAGGAUGCAAAUUUGGAUGGGGUUGCACCCGGAGUAUACACAAUUCACUGUCUCCCACUAAGGUUGGUCACCUUA